CAAGGGUACAUAUGCCAUUGAACUUUAACAGACAAAACCACAAAAACAUUAGGACACGUCGAGCGUAAACCAACAUAUUAAAACCGAAGAUUACCAGAAAGUCAUCUAUAGAUAGAAAUACCUGAACCAUGGAAAAUCUAGACUCCACAAUCAACAGCACCGAGAACAGUCGCUUCUCCGCACUUUAUGGAGGGCUGAUCAAGGAGAUAGCUGCCAACUCGAAAAUGUCGACUGUGGACAUCACCUGUUUGCUGUGCGUCUACUACAAGUUCGUCAAGUUCAACGGACCGGGAGCCAAGCAGAUGAAGAAGCACCAGUUCUACCAGAUCUACCUGGUGCUCUUCAACGUGGCCAAUGUCCAGGUCAUCGAGCGCAGCCUCCUGGCCAUCACGAAGGACACGAAGUUCGUCAGUCCCCAGGCCUGGGUCGAUCUCUUCGAGCUUUACACAACGGAGGACCUUGAGAGGCGCAUGCGUUUCGCCUUCGAAGUAUAUGACACCAAAAACACCGGAGUUAUCGAUCGUGAGCAGGUGGGCGUGGCGUGCGAAAAAUUCUUUAUUGAAGGCGACGACGAGGACGAACUCAUUGAACUGCGGGCGGACAUGACCGAGUUUAUCAUGAAGAAGUUUGACGUGGACAAGGAUGGUGUCAUUUCCUUUGAGGACUACUCCUCAGUUGUCUCCCAGCAGCCCGUUUUGGUUGAGUUCUUGGGUUGGCUAUUUCCGUCGAACGAAGAAAAGAAUCUCAUGGCUCAUGUUAUUAACAUGGACUCUAUGCUUAAAUAUUCUAACCCCGAAUUGUAAUAAACUGGUUUUUCUUAAAAA